AUGCUUCAGUUCUACAAAGCCGCUUUGAAACGAUGCAAAGCAGGCACGCCCACUUUGGUCGAGAAGUUGCAGCGCGAUCGGCUUGCCUGUCAGUUGCAAAAGCUUGAAGACUCCGAGAAGUUUUGCCGAUGGCUAGCGAAGACUCCGUCCACCAAGCGGAUGACCCAGGGUGGCAGUCCUGGACGCAAGCAACGGAGGGUUGGUGAUGAUGGCAGAGGUUCUGAGCGGGCAGUUGCAGAUGCAGAGACGCAGCAAGAGAUCGAGAAUGCGGAGGCGCCCCACACUUGGCAAUUCAGCGUGUCCUACAAAAACACGCUUGGAGAGCUGCUGCGAACACGGAAGCAAGCUUGCACGGAGUCUUCGCAGAGAUGCACCCGGCGACAACUCAAAGCAUUACUUCCUGACUGCGUCGACUUCGACAUUUCUAAUUGCUGCUUUUCAGUGUUGGCGCAACUUGUUGACCUGCUCAAGCCGCUGGAGCCAGUUCCUAAAGUGGUCGCAGAUACCCUUCGCAUGCUCUCAACUGACCGAGAAGGCGUGUGCGUUGACGAGCUGCAUGUCAGCCCUGCGGAGGGCAAGCAGCUGCUACUUGAGACCUUCAACGGGGCUGCUAUUCAUCCAAACUAUGCAAACAACGCUUUUCUCAGAGAUGUGCAGCGAGCGUCAUUCUACUGCAGAUGGCUUGCGUGCACAGUCCUACCGGAAGUUCAUCAGAAAUGCAUUCAGGACCCUGCAAGAAAGCAAGCUGAUGUAUCGACCUUGUUCUUCUUGUGGUCUGCUGCGGAGGAUUUCAUUCUACAGGCAUGGGUUGAGUUACUGCUACAGCAAGGCCCGCGGCAUCUGUCCUUGCAUUACGAUGGCGUGAGAGUGAAUCGUGAAUGUGUGGGCGAUAUCGCAGAGUUCAUCACAGCCAGCCACAGCUGGAUCAAGAGCAAAACUGGCUUCACUGUGCAGAUUGUUGAAAAGAAGCACGAGUACUUUGUGGAUUUGCUCAUCCAGUCCGCCUCAAGCCGCAGGGAGGCGCCAGUUGCUGCAAGUCUGCUGCUUGAGAAUGGCAACUGUGUUCCGUGCGCCUUGAGCCGUGUUCUUCCAGAAGACAAAGUCGCGCAGCUGAUUUCCCACCUUUCCGCCUUGCAGGCGCAAAGCACACACUGGAAGUAUCGCGACCUCGCGCGCAGUCUGGAAGUGAAGCUUUGCCCUUUUCUCUGCGGAGAAACUCUGCUCCCUGGGAAGUACCUUAUUCAUUCUGACGGGAAGGAAGCUCACUGCGUCGCUGCUGUCGUUCAUGCCAACAGUCAGGACAUCACGGCGUGGGACGGAACAUCAGAGCUGUCGAUGUCGCUGAGAACUUUCAGAAACUGUAUCGCUGGCUGCGUUGACGAGAACUCCAUUGUUGGCUUUGCCGUGGAGCCUGGAGAGCGCAAGGAGCGGUCAGAUUUGCCAUCUUUAGCUUCUUCUUUAGACACUCUUCUGGAACUGCGGGCUGGGGCAAAGGGAUCGGAAUAUCCGAGGCCAGAUGACGACCAAUCCUCUGCCGAUGCUUCGGCCUGUGGUGAGGAAGAGGACGAGUCCGUGGUGUCACCUGGGCAAGCCCUUCUUGCCAAGCUGAAGGCGGAGGUACAGGUCACCUUGGAAGAAAAAUUGUUUCCGAAAGUCGACGAAAAAUAUCGCUGCCCAUUGUGUCCUUUUCGGGCCUUUGCAAAACUGACUAGAGUUUCGCAGCACAUUGCCAAGUACCACACGGUGAAGGUGCAGUUCUGCCCUAGCGGCACGAAGCAAGUCAAGUUAUUGUUGGCGCUAUAUGACGAAGAUUGCAUGCGUGGGAAGGAUGGCCAAAACUAUCUCCAGCGCAGUUCUGACACUCUGCGGCAAACUGUUGCGCCGUCCCUUCUGUCAUCCCGAACAGAUAUUGACAAAUUCAUUCGCAUCGUCUUCACGGCGGCCGGCCCUGUCUAUCGAAACUUGGACGCCUUGACCGACGGUGAGCCUUUGCGCCGUGUCAGGAAUAUUUACUACACACGCUGCUUCGCGCACUUGGUCGUUCGUGAGAUGCUCUUGUGCAACGCAAAGGCAACCUGGCUAAAGUACUCGCGCUAG